ACAAAGUGUCCUGUCUUUCCAUGGAUCAUCAAUAUUAUUGGCGGGGCAGCCACCGAAACAAAUAAGAAAAAUCAAUGGCGGUCUCAAAUAUCUCUUCUGUUUCUCUGCCGACCCGUAUGAUUCCUGCAACUAAUACUCAAUUCGGGGAAUUUCGCAGUUCCAGAUUUAGCUCGGCAAAGGCACCUACGCUGUUCAAAAGAUAUAGAUUGAUCACAUGUAUUUCUGAAUCUUCAGAGAAAAAUGUUAACAUGACAAUGUUACUGGAAAAAGAUGAUGUUGCCAAAUCACAAGCAGGAUACCCUUUUCCCAAGGCUGGGGGAAGGGUCCCAAACUUGUCAUCAGAAGACUCAAAAGUUUCUACAAAUGGAAAUCGUAUUCUUAAGUCAGAUAUUGAACUGCCAGACUACGAUCUGGAUAUCAAUCGCUGGCUAAGGUCAUCACGAGUCCAGUGGUACCCAGGUCAUAUUGCGAAAGCAGAGAGAGAACUAAAGCAACAGCUAAAGUUGAUGGAUGUUGUCAUAGAAGUACGUGAUGCAAGGAUACCUAUGGCAACUGGACAUCCAGAGAUGGACUUAUGGAUUGGUGAUAAGAAGAAAAUUUUAGUUUUAAAUAAAGUAGACAUGAUCUCAACCGCAGACAAGAAUAAAUGGGCUACAUAUUUCUCUAAACAGGGGAUGACAGUAGUCCUUGCAAAUGGUCAGCUUGGAAUGGGGACAUUGAAGUUGGCAAGAGUUGCAAAAUCAUUAGCUAACAAUUUUAAUGCCAAGAGGAGGGCUAAAGGACUUCUUCCUCGUGCGACUCGAGCGGGAGUGGUUGGGUAUCCAAAUGUAGGAAAAUCAUCAUUGAUUAACCGCCUGCUUAAGCGAAAGAUCUGUGUAACAGCAUCCAGACCAGGUGUUACCCGGGAAUUGAAGUGGGUUCGAAUUGGUCAAGACCUAGAUCUAUUAGAUUCCCCUGGUAUACUGCCGAUGCGUUUUAAUGAUCAGGCUCCUGCAAUCAAAUUGGCAAUUUGUGAUGAUAUAGGAGAAAGAUCAUAUGCUGUUACUGGUGUAGCUGCAAUUCUCGUAGAGAUUCUGAAGCAGCAUCCAGAUGCAGGAGCAGGAGUUCUUCAAAAUCGCUAUAAGAUAAAUGCAGAUUGUUGCUCGGGAGAAAUAUUUGUAAAGGCAUUGGCACAACGUUUGUUCAAUGGAGAUGUGACUCAAGCUGCCUUCCGUAUCUUAUAUGACUUUCGGAAAGGGAAAUUCGGUUGGAUAGCUCUUGAGAGGCCUCCGUCAAAUACCAUGUAAAGCCCUAACAUAAUAGAGGGUUCAAUAUUUUUUUGGGCUCCAAUGGUUGCAAUAGUGUUUGAAAAGUUGAUUACAUCCACGUUGACGUAUAAACCCCCCUUCUGUGGUUGAGUGAGCAUACAAGACCUGAAAGCUGAUGCAUCUUGAUAUUAGCAAAAUGCUAUACAAAAAGUUUUAGAUAUAUGUGUAUGACAAUAGAAAAGCUGAUAUUAGAAGCAAAGCCAACGUGACCACAUCAAUCAACUAAAUGUAUAAAUGUAAAGUUCUGUCACUAUGGUCUAGUGUAAUGUGCUGCCCUUGCAUCUGGCAGUGACACAAGUCCAAAACUUGUCCGGAAUGCCCAUUGAGUUUUAGUGCCACAAAGUUCACAUUUGUAAACCUACCGUUUGUUUGAAACUC